UUCUGCUCAUUUCAUAUUACAGAGACUAUCUCUUUCAAGCGUUUCAAAUCUGGUGUGACAGAGAUGUCGUACACGUACGUGGUAAGCGUCGCCACGGGAACUCAAGGCAGGUCAGGGACUGAUAAUUACAUCUUCAUAACACUGGUUGGAACUGAGGGGUGCAGCCCAAGGAUUGGGCUGGACAAACCUCUGUUCGAUGACUUUCAGAGGGGCUCGGUGGAUUCCUACCCGGUGGGGGUGCAAGAGAAUCUGGGUGAAAUUGUGUUGGUGAAGCUGGAGAAGAAAACGUAUUUGGCACAGGACCACUGGUACUGCAGGUACGUCUCGGUGAGGACUCCAGGCGAAGACAAUGUGGAGUUCCCGUGCUACCGUUGGCUGGUGGAUGACAAGGAAGUGGUGCUGAGGGAUGGGCGAGCUCACCUGCCUCAGGAUGAUAAGACGAGCCUGGUCAAGGAGCACAGACAAAACGAGCUGAAAAUGAGACAGAAAGCCUACAGAUGGAUGGCGUGGCAGCCAGGCUUUCCUAUGAGCAUAGAUGCAAAAAGACACCAAGACUUACCCCGGGACAUCCAGUUUGACAGUGAGAAGAAAAUGGAUUUCGUACUCAACUACAAUAAAGCAAUCCAGAACCUGUUCUUGAACCACUUCAUGAACAUGUUCCAGUCAUCCUGGAGUGACUUUGACAAUUUUAAGAAGAUCUUUUUGAGGAUCAAAAACGCAACCUCAGAGUACGUGAUGGAACACUGGAAAGAGGAUUUCGUGUUCAGCCACCAGUUCCUGAAUGGCUGCAAUCCUGUCCUCAUCCAGAAGAUCACCAAACUUCCAGACAAGUUUCCCGUCACCAAUGAGAUGGUCGCUGUCAGCCUGGAGAGAGAGUUGACUCUCGAACAGGAAGUUAAGGCAGGUAACAUCUACAUGGUGGACUAUGAAGUGUUAGAUGGCAUCAAAGCAAAUGAUACAGACCCCCGCACCCCGCAAUACAUGACAGCUCCCAUCUGCCUUCUGUACAAGAAUACACAGAAUGAGAUCCUGCCAAUAGCCAUACAGUUGGGUCAGACUCCAGGCGAGGACAACCCCAUCUUCCUGCCCACAGACGGUGAGUACGACUGGCUCCUCGCAAAGAUCUGGGUGCGCUCGUCCGACUUCCAGCACCACCAGACGGUCACGCACCUGCUCAGGACACAUCUGAUCUCAGAGAUGUUUGCUAUCGCCAUGUUCAGACAGCUCCCUGCAGUCCACCCCGUCUGGAAGUUACUCAUCCCACACGUCCGUUUCACCAUCGCUAUUAACACGAAGGCCAGAGAGCAGCUCAUCUGUGAACAUGGUCUCUUUGAUAAGGCAAAUGCUACAGGUGGAGGUGCUCAUGUGCAGCUGGUUCAGAAGACCAUGAAGACUCUGACCUUCAGGUCUCUCUGCUUCCCCGACAUGAUCAAAGCUCGCGGUAUGGAGAGCAAGGAGGCGCUCCCUACCUACUUCUACAGAGAUGACGGCUACAAGGUGUGGGAGGCCACCAAGAGCUUUGUGUCCGAUGUGAUCCGCAUUUACUACAGCAGCGAUGAGAAGGUGCAGGGAGAUGAAGAAAUCCAGGCCUUUGUUAAAGAUGUGUGCGACUUCGGUAUGAAAGACUUCAAACACUGUGAGUUCCCCAGGUCGCUUGAAUCCCGCGAGGAGCUGAUCGAAUACUUGACCAUCAUCAUGUUCACUGCUUCAGCCCAACACGCAGCUGUCAACUUUGGACAAUACGACUGGUAUUCCUGGAUUCCCAACGCUCCAUCCACCAUGCGGAAACCCCCGCCCACUCAAAAGGGUUUGGCAAAUAUAACCCUGAUCAUGGACAGCCUCCCGGAUCGAGGACGCUCCAGCUGGCACCUGGGGGCCGUCUGGGCCCUCAGCCAGUACCAGAAGAACGAGCUCUACCUGGGAACGUACCCUGACGAGUACUUCCUGGAGAAGCCGGUGAAAGCUUCUAUGGAGAAGUUCAAGAAGGAUCUGGCAGAGAUCAGCAGUGACAUCAAGACGAGGAACCAGGGACAGAGAUUGCCUUACUACAACAUGUUACCUGACAAGAUACCCAACAGUGUUGCUAUUUGAACACACACUGAACUGAAGGAUCUCCAAAGUGGAACAUUAUUGAUGUCAGAGUUUAUUUCAAAAUUAAUUCCUAGCAAUCAUUGAAGUCCACAAAUGUUUAUUUUUUUUUCUGCACAUACAAUGCUGAAACUCACUCACAUUACUAUUAUUGUGCAGUUUUUGGAACGUAACCUCGGCUGAAGACGUCAAAGGGAUACAAGGCACUCACCUGGACACGCCAUUUAAAGGCACAACACAUGAAUUUACAAUAGUAGUUACUAAACUUCAUAAAACCAUUUUAGUUUUUACAUUUAUUGUUUUUUUUGGGGUGGGGGUGGGGAAGAGUAUAUUAUCUUUACAGUGCUAUACUUGAUUAAAAACCACAAAAAUCAUUAAAAGCAUUUGAAUUUUUAUUUGGUUGUUCAUUAUAAUUCUACACAGUUUUUGUUCAAACAUGGGGAACAGAAAACACAAGAGUUUUAGUUUAAAAACAGGACUUUUUUUCUUUCUUUUUUUUAACUACACUAUUAUUCCAAAGUAAAGAUCACAGACAAACUUGUGGAAUGAUAUCAUAGAAAGGGCCAACAGUCAUCAUAGAUCUUCAAGUCCAGUCAGUAGUAAACAAAUGGCGCUUUAUGCACAUUCCAUUUCACCCUCCCUCCCUUGCCGACAUGACGAGUCGAAGCAGCAAAGUACAUGUAAAAACACAUCUUCCAUCUUUAUGUGCCAUGUCUCACGAAAGUGGAUAGUUAAAAAGGAAUGUUUACAUCUAAAGCUCGUGUCUCAAGACUUAAUGCGAGGAGCCAGCUCCCAUUAAAAAAAAAUAAAAAUAAAACCAAAAACAUUCUACAGCCUCGCAUCCACCUUAAGCCUGACUAUACAUUAAAGAAUCAGAUACAGCAUGUUAAAACACAUUUGAAUCAACAAUUCUUUAAAGAAUGUUAAUGAAAAACAUGGCAGAGGGGGAUGGGGAAUGUAGGUUUCUUAAAA